UCUGGAACCACAAUCUAAGUUUAGUAUUUACUGUGCUGUCACAAUCUUAGCUAAUAUAUAUCUGUUGAAAUUAGAAAAUGUGAAUUUAAAGCCAGGAUUAGUGGGACACCCUGUAUAAGGUGUGAACAUAAGGUCGGGCAAGAUGUUCCUGGGAGGUAUGUUCAAGAUGACCUUGGGGAGAUUCUCCCUUGUCCUCUUGCUGUUGAUGAUGAUGGUGAUGAGGAGCAAUGGGAAGGGUUCCGCCAGUAAUAGUAUCAGGGAAUUGGCAAAAGCGGCAAUACUCAAAUCUUGGCCUUUCGGAGAUAAACAGGUGAUGGCAGACCUGAUAUCAGAAUAUGAAGUGUUUGCUAACAGUUUGGAUUUCGAUGAUUGUGGAAAAAAAUUUCUGUGUCAAAUGUCCGGGAAGAAAUCAGAAGAUCUUGAGUGGGAUGAAGAAAUGAUGGUAACAGCCUAUACACAACCUUUAAAUUACAGUUCACCUAGUGUACAGUUUACAGUAGCUACACAGGUUGGUAAGAGCAGUGUUGGUAACUGUGAUGCUGUAUAUUCAAACUGUCUUCUCACACAAGAGGAGCUGGUCGAUUCUCUGAGAAACCAAGGAUUGUCAGUUGAUAUCCCUGGAGCUGACAGGGAUUGCAGUUUCUACUUUCUGUGGAGAAGUAAGAAAGAUGAUGUAAAAGAUGAAUAAAUAAGAGUUGGAAGUUAUCAAGGAACUAUAUACAGGAACGCCUAGCUCAGAUAUACGCAAAUUGUGGGAGGACCGAGGAAAGUAAAUAAACCCAGUGCCCCCACAGAAGUUGAAGGGAAAGGACUAAAGUCCAACAAAAAACAAGUUAAUAUAUCAAGUUAAAGCGAAUACAAAUGAUUUUUGGCUUUCUGGUCAAUAUGUAGAAUACAAUUAUAGUAAUAUAUUCAUAUUCCCCCCUUGGGCCCUUUUCCCUCAAAAAUGAUGCAUUGCCCCUGAAUUCUUUGUUUUGAUCUCCACCCACUGCAGUACACAGAUUUGAAGCAUCACAUUCACAUAUGGCGGUUCCUGGUCUAUAUAUUUCUUGGCAGUCAUGUUCCUGUACUCACUGUGAACUAGACUGAAGGAAAAUGUAAAAUUGCUGCUACGAUGUUGUGAUCUCAUUUCUUUUAAAAUACCAAGAUGUAGAAGUUUUCCGCUGGGUUCUUAAUAUGCACAUAAUUUGAUAAGCUUUACUUAAAGAUCAGAAAACAUAACAGAUAAACAGGGAAAAAUUAAACAUAAGAAUUAAACAGAAUAUAAUCUUUACAAACUAAA